AUGCGGAGGCGGCCUGGGAUACUAACACUCGACCUCGAGGACUCUGCAAACCACCCCACACAAGCAGACAUGGACACCAAGAUUGUAGUAUUCAUCUGCGCACUGAGUGUGGCGAGUGCCAGCAUCGUGCCGGUAGCGCCCGCCGUUCGCGUUGAUCCUUUACCUCAAUAUUCUUACGGUUACGACGUUCAGGACGCCCUCACUGGCGACUACAAAGGCCACCAGGAGCACCGCAACGGAGACCUCGUCACAGGUUCCUAUACAGUCGUAGAUCCUGACGGCACGAGAAGGGUAGUUGACUACGCUGCUGACCCAAUCAAUGGAUUUAAUGCUGUUGUACGUCGGGAACCACUUGUUGCAAAAGUGAUCGCGCCCGCUCCUGUUCUUCCCGCCCCCCUGGCAGCGCCCGUCAUCCCCCGUGCGCCUGUCCUAGCCCCAGCUCCAGCACCUCUUCUAGCCCCCGCCCCAGCACCACUCUUAGCUCCAGCACCCGCACCUAUUUUAGCCCCUGCACCUGUACCAUACAGGCUACCUAGUCCAUACUACUUUUAG